AACUUCGCGCCAACCUCUCCAUUUCUCUCUCUUUGUUUUAGUUCGCAACUUGCUUACUUUCUGUGUCAUCUAUCUGCGAUUCUGAUGAUAUUUUGAUGGUGUUUUCUUUCUGAAUUUUCCGUUUUGUAUGUCUGUUUGGUUGCUGAGAGAGUGUCCACGGAGAAUUGCUUCUGUAUGUUUAGUGGACUCAAUGUGAUUUGGAAAAUGUGACGUACUACUGUUUUCUCCUCCUCCCCCUCCCCUUGAUUUUAGCUAAUUUGAGAAGGGGUGUUUUCUUUUUUUUUUUUUAAAAAUCGAGAACCCAAUUGGUUUGGAGUUUGAUUUUCUUGGUUCUUCUGUUUGAUUUCUCUAUCCACGUUGGAGAUUUUGUCGUUAUAAUAUUCUGGACUUCUGAAUAGGGAAUUCGUCGAUAAUCACUUUUAGAGUUUUGCCUUUGAGUCGCUAUCAAAUCUCUGUUUCUUGCUGUCGGUGUGAAAGUUGGCGGUUUAGUUGUUAUGUUAAAGUGGGAACCUUUGAUUUUCUUUGGAUCAUCUGUCGCUGUCUUCUCUAUGCAGUAGUUUCCUCUGAUAAUAAUACCCCCUUUAACUAAUCUAGGAAUGUGUUUGAACUUGAAGUAUUUGAUACCUCAUAUUUGUUUGUAGUUGAGUUACUGGAAAAGUUUCCAUAAUGUUUCUUUAUUGGGCGAGCUGUGUUUAAAGUCUUCAAUCAUUUGAAUUUUGGCAUUUAGCUAGUUAUUGUCAGCUGGUAGAUGAUUUAAAAAACGAAAGAUGUAAAUCAUAUAUUGGUAAUGUACAUUCCUAGAGAAUUGGAUCUGUAGAGAAUAAUUGAUUUGAAAGUUCAAGGAUGAACGAUGAUGAUGUAUGUCAGGUGCACUUCAUGAUAGAUUCUGCAAUAUCCGGUGAUGUCUUAGUCCUUUCAGGGCUAUAAAAAAUGAGUAACUGGCAAAUUCAGUCAAGAUAGGUAAACUAUGCUUUUGAUGAAAAGGAAUGGGCUAUGUGGCUGCAUCUAGGUGAAAUGUGAAGACUCUACUUCGUACUGCUGAAACAAUGGUUGAUGUUGUGGCUGAAAUGCAUCAUGGAGAUGGUGGAGUAGUUAGUUUACCUAAGAGGGACAUAUUGUUUGAAGGGGAUAUAGAUUUUGAGCCACACAAUGGAAUUGAAUUUGAUUCCCAUGAAGCUGCAUACUCAUUUUAUCAAGAAUAUGCCAAAUCAAUGGGGUUCACAACAUCUAUUAAGAAUAGUCGACGUUCGAAGAAGUCGAAAGAAUUUAUUGAUGCAAAAUUUGCAUGUUCGAGAUAUGGUGUUACUCCUGAAUCUGAUAGUGGAAAUAGUCGAAGGCCCAGUGUGAAAAAGACUGACUGUAAAGCCAGCAUGCAUGUGAAGAGAAGGCCAGAUGGAAGAUGGAUUAUUCAUGAGUUCAUAAAGGAUCAUAAUCAUGAGCUCUUACCUGCUCUUGCAUAUCAUUUUCGCAUCCAUAGGAAUGUCAAGCUGGCAGAGAAGAAUAACAUCGACAUAUUGCAUGCUGUUAGUGAAAGGACACGGAGGAUGUAUGUUGAGAUGUCAAAAAAAUGUGGCGGGUAUAGAAAUGUCAGUUUUCCUCAGAUGGACAUGACUUGUCAGUUUGACAAAGGCCGGUAUUUGGCUCUUGAUGAGGGAGAUGCCCAAAUAUUGCUUGAGUACUUUAAGCGUAUCCAAAAGGAGAAUCCCUACUUUUUCUAUGCUAUAGACUUGAAUGAAGAGCAGCGUCUGAGAAACCUGUUCUGGGUUGAUGCCAAAAGUAGGAAUGAUUAUGUUAGUUUCAAUGAUGUUGUUUCUUUUGAUAUCUCAUAUAUUAAAAGCAAUGAUAAGCUUCCCUUUGCUCCUUUCAUUGGGGUGAACCAUCACUCGCAGUCAAUGAUGCUUGGAUGUGCACUGGCUGCAGAUUGGACUAAACCAACAUUUACCUGGUUGUUCAAGACAUGGCUUAGAGCAAUGGGUGGGCAAGCUCCCAAAGUUAUUAUUACUGAUCAAGACAAAGCCUUGAAACUAGCCAUUGAAGAAGUGUUCCCAAACACUCGCCAUUGCUUUUCUCUUUGGCAUAUAUUGGAAAAGAUUCCCGAUAAUCUUGCUCAUGUUAUCAAACGGCACGAAAACUUCUUGUCAAAAUUUAAUAAGUGCAUUUUUAAGUCGUGGACGGAUGAGCAGUUUGAUAUGAGAUGGUGGAAGAUGGUUACUAGAUUUGAACUUCAAGAUGAUGACUGGAUACAAUCAUUGUAUGAUGAUCGAAAAAAAUGGGUACCAACUUUUAUGGAUGAUAUCUUCUUGGCUGGAAUGUCAACUAGUCAACGUUCUGAUAGUAUGAAUGCUUUCUUUGACAAAUACAUUCAUAAGAAAAUUACGCUGAAAGAGUUUGUGAAACAGUAUGGAGCUAUUCUGCAAAAUAGAUAUGAAGAGGAAGCAAUAGCAGAUUUUGAUACAUUGCACAAACAGCCAGCACUAAAAUCUCCUUCUCCCUGGGAAAAACAGAUGUCUACGAUUUACACCCACACAAUAUUCAAGAAAUUCCAAAAUGAGGUUUUGGGGGUAGUUGGUUGCCAUCCGAGGAAAGAAAGUGAAGAUGGUGCCAUUACUACAUUCAGAGUUCAGGACUGUGAGAAAGAUGAACAUUUUUUAGUAAGGUUGCAUGAAUUGAACUCCGAAGUUUCUUGUUUCUGCCGUUUGUUUGAAUAUAAAGGUUUUCUUUGUAGACACGCAUUGAUUGUAUUACAAAUACUUGGUUUUUCAAGCAUCCCACCUCAAUAUAUUUUAAAGAGGUGGACGAAAGAUGCAAAGAGUAGGCAAUCAAUUUCUGAAGGAACAGAAUUCAGACAGAACAGAGUACAGCGUUAUAAUGAUUUAUGUAAAAGAGCAAUUGAAUUGAGUGAAGAAGGAUCGAUUUCUGAGGAGUGUUAUAAUAUUGCCAUUCGUACAUUAGUUGAAGCUUUGAAGACUUGUGUGAAUAUUAAUAACUCCAAAAGUGCUCCAGCAGAAUCUAGCGUUAAUGCCCAUGGUCUACGUGAGGAAGAAGAAGAGAAUCAAGGAAGCAUAACUGCUAAAACAAAUAAGAGGAAGAGUACCAGCAGAAAACGAAAGGUACAAGCAGAAACAGAUAUGAUAAUUGUUGAAGGACAGGAAAACUUACAGCAAAUGGAUAGCUUAACGUCGGAUAGCUUGACCAUGAACGGAUAUUACGGAACUCAACAGAAUGUUCAAGGAUUGGUACAGUUGAACUUGAUGGAGCCUCCUCAUGAUGCGUCGUCGUACUAUGUCAGUCAACAAAGCAUUCAAGGGCUGGGACAAUUAAAUACUAUUGCAACCAAUCAUGAUGGAUAUUUUGGGGCUCAGCAUAAUAGCAUUCAUGCGCUGGUGGAUUAUCGGCCAGCGACGAGUUAUAAUUAUAGUUUACAGGAUGAGCAACAUUUGAGAUCUGCACAGCUUCAUGGCAGUACUUCAAGACAUACCUGAUGAAGCAGUACUCAGCAGACAACUUUCCAUGGUUGGUUGAGUUGUACAAAAAGGUAUAUACAGGGCCCGGACGUCAUAGUUCUUAGUGCCACGUAGUUUCAUACUCGAGCCUCUUUACUUUUCAGAAUAGAGAUAAAGAAAAGUUCUGUAUUUUUAUCGGUAAGCUACCAUGUUAUUUAGGCUGUCUAAAAAAUAGUUCCCAUAUCCCCAUGAAAGAUGAAGGGGAAACAAUUUGGCUGUAUAGUUGUAGCAGAAAUAUCAUUUGGGUAUAAACCUCUGGCUUCUUCUAUGAAGGGAAAUCUGUUGUAACGAGCCAAAUUCUGCUCAUGUAUAGGAUUAUAAUUGUUUUUUUGAAGCAAUCUAGACUAGCCUCUGCCAAAGUAAUUUUGUUGGCAACAGA